GGAAAGCAAGAACUUGAACUCGUUCAGAACUGAGGCGGCUGCUUGCGCAACCAUUUUGACAGAAGCCGCAACACCAGAAGCCGCAUAGGUUCCUCCGGCUGAAGGAGGACAGGAUAUCACACCGCAUUCUGAGAACGAAGCAAUCAUGAAGACGAAGAAGAGAAAGGCAGCUGAAGUGCCUCAUGCAGUUAAAGCAUGUACGAAUGAAGUAACAUCAGCUCCCCCGGAGAGCUUGACUGAUGUGCUCCGCAACUUCAAGUGGGACUAUGACAAGGGUGAUCUCAACCACUGGGUUGACCUGCUCAACUUCUUUGACGCAUACUUUGAGAAGCACCUGCCUGAGUCUGUGAAGCUUCAGCUAGAUGGGACCCUGAAGCAGGAGCAGCAUCCGGUGUCCAAGGAUACCCUCCUACAAAUCCUGCGGGUCACCGCUGUCAUCCUGGAGAACAGCUACAACAAGCAGCUGUAUGGGUCUGUUGAGCACCUCACGCUGCUGCUUGGUCACGAGGACACGGAUGUCGUCAUCGCCACUCUCAAGGCGCUUCUUGCGCUCGUGCGCAAGCCAAUGACCUCCGGACGGAGCUCACGGUCCUACAGCAACCCCGCGCUGAACGUGCGGCUCCUCUCGCUGUGCCAAGGCUGGGGUGGCAAGGAAGAGGGGCUGGGGCUCCUGGCGUCCAUCACAGAGGAGGUCCAGGACCAGAAGGCGCUUCAGCUUGGCAGCACGCUCUUCUUCGAUUUCUACGCGGAGGCCAAGGAUGAGAUUGCGAGCGCAACCGGUCAGAAAAGCAUCCGGCUGCCGGAGGUGCACACGCGGCCCGAGAGCGACUCCCUGCUUCUAAAGGAUCUGGCGGACCACUACAAAGUCCCGCCCGAGCUGCGCUUCUCCCUCCUGUCCCGGAUCAGAGCGGCUCGCUCCUUUGCCAGCCUGGAGGGACGGAGGACCUACAUGGCGAUCCGCCUGUUGGCCUUCACCAUCCUGGUCCAGUCGAGCCCGGACUACGAGGAGCUGAGCACGUUUUUUGCGAACGAGCCGGAGUUUGCGACGGAUCUCGUGGCGCUGGUCAAGGCCGAGGGCCGUGUGCCGGACGAGAUCCGAACCCUAGCGGUGCAGGCACUGACGGCGCAGGCGCAGGACCGGCCGCGCCAGUCCAACAUCCUGGCAAUCAUUACGGCGGGGGGCCACCAAGGAGUGCUCCCGACAGUCAUGCAGCGUUCGGUCGGCCUGCUGUCGAAGGGCGACUCAAGAGCCAACGCAGCGUUCGUGGAGGCCCUGUUGACACUGUUGACGAACCUGGCGACAUCGACAUCGGGCUGCACGGCACUGCGGGAGGCGGGCCUGGUCUCGACGCUGCUCCCGCUAAUCAAGGAUGUGGACCCCGAGCACAUUGUGAUUGUCAGCCUCGCGACGCGAGUGCUGGACGCAUACAUGGAUUACAGCAACAGCGCGUCGGCCAUGUUUCGGGAGCUGCAUGGCGUAGAGGACGCGGCAGAGAGGUUGACUCGGGAGAUUGACCUGCAUGUGCAGAAAGCGGAGGGUGCUCCGCAGGACCCUGUCGUGCCCCGCUACCCCCUGCGCCAGCUCAUCAAGUCGCUCAUGCGCAUGGUCGCCCUCGCCAACUACUCCAACCAGCAGGGCACCGCGCGUGUGCAGAACCUCGAGGAGAGCCGCCUGCCGUACGUCCUCCAGACGGUCUACGACAAGGCCGCGCUCUUCGGGCCCGAGAUCUUCGCCCUCGGCUCGACCAUCCUCGCGGAGCUCAUCAACCACGACCCGAUGUGCUACCCGGCCCUCCACGCUGCCCGCGUGCCGCACGCCUUCCUGGACGUGCUUGAGAAGGGGAUCCUCCCCACGGCGGAUUGCCUGAUGACCGUCCCAAGCGCGCUCGUCGCGAUCUGCCUCAACGCCGCGGGGCUGGAGCUGGUCAAGCAGCGCAAGGUGCUCAACUGCCUAGUCCCAAUCAUGACGUCCCCGCAGUACACCCGGGCGAUGCAGGGGGAGACGCCGACGGUUCUCGGGGCGGGGCUCGACGAGCUGAUGCGCCACGUGCCUACCCUGCGGCAGGACGGCGUGGCCGUGGUGCUCAAACUGCUCAGGAAGGUCGGCGCGAUGGGGGGCUCCAAAACCGCCCUGGAGCAGCUGAGGGGCACGGUGAAGGCGGAGAGAGCGGCGGCAGCUUUGCUGGCCAGGACAACUGCGGAGCCGGCGCCUGAAGCAACCCGGGGGCAGGAGAGCGUGGAGCCCGCGGUCGCUGAGAUGACGGAGAGUGGGGACGGGCCUGAGCCGAUGGAUACGGGCGACAGCGAGGCGCCUCCCCCGGUGCCGGAGGCGCCACCUGCGGUGGUUGGGGAGAUUUUGGUGGAGGAUAAGGAGCUGAUUGGGGAGCUGUCGGAUGCCGAACUGGAGAAGUUUCUGCCGGACUGCAUCACGAACGUGAUGCGCAUGCUGGAGACGGUCCUGUCGAACCAGGAGACAUGCCGCGCGUUCAUCGAGAAGAGGGGCGUCGAGGCACUGCUGGAGCUGUACACACUCCCGCAGAUGCCGGUCACGUUUGGCGCGCAGUCGGGCGCCGCGCACAGCAUGACGGUCGCCUUCCGCGCGUUCGCGCCGCAGCAGUCGCACUCGCUUGUGCGCGCGGUCGUCUCGGUGCUCCGCGAGCAGCUCAAGCGCGGCGCGGCGGCCACCCAGAAGCAGCUCGCGGGGAAGAAGCUGUCCGACCUGGACAAGGACGUCCGCGCGGAGGUCGUCCGGCACUGGGCAAGCGCCGAGUGCCUGCUCUCGCUCGCGAGCAGCAUGGUGCGCAGCUUCCCGGGCGUGAUGGGGGAGAUGUGCGGCGGCGCCGCGGACGUGCUCAAAGACCUGGACGUGCUGUACAAGGAGGCGGUCUGGCAGGGGGCGUUCCUGCUCGACGAGUCCCGCCGGGCGGGGCAGAACGCCAAGGAGGUCACGCCCCCGGCCCAGGAGGACUCGAGCAUGGUCCAGGAGUACGUGGACCAGUACGGGAACCGGUUGGGGAUCACGGACGUGAGGUGGAUCCCGGGCCGGAGUGCCAGGGCUCGGUUGAUCCGGGGGAGGGCCCGUGCGGCUGCAGAGAACGGGGCGAUGGAGGCGGUGGACCAUGCGGUGGACGACCCGGAGCAGGCGCUGGCGGACUUGGACGACGCACUUGCGGCGCAGGACGAUCCGGAGACACCCAUGGCGAGCGACACAGGCGACAACUCCGCCACGCCCAACGCUGCCCAAGCCGCCAAGGCCGCUGAGAAGGCAGAGAAGGCAAUGUACGAAGUCGUGGGCCGUCUUGCUACCGCUGGGCGUGGUAUGUACGUCGCUCUCGGCAAGUCGAUCGUGCAGUCUUCGCGCCGCGGCCAGGACGUGACGACACUCAACUCGCAGGCCAAGAAGUACAUUGCCUGGCUGGCUGAGUCUGCCAAGAGCGCCUUCAGCCUGUCAGCCCAGGCGAAAGACGCCCCCCUGGCGGUGAAGUGCGCGUUCGUGAGCCGGAUCGCGGACGAUCUGCUGGCGACCGUUGUGGACGUCCGGCGGAGGACGUGCAACACGGCGAUUCUGGGCGGGCUGGACGCACUUGGUGCGAUCCAGGAGGUGCUGCUGACAUUUGAGGCGAGCGCGCAGCUGCUGUGGGCGCAGCUCGCGAAAGCGGGCGAGCAGGGGGACAAGGGCGCGGCGGCGGGGGAACUCUCGCACGGGCUGUUUGACUUGCUGCUGAGCCUGACCCGGUUCGUGGAGCAGAUAGUAAAUGCGCAGCUGCUGCUAGCUCCGACCUCCAGCUUGCAGCUCAUGGUCCAGCCAGUCCAGGGGGCCGUGAAACCGGCCGCGAAAGAUGCAGAGAGCUUCGUGCUGGGGCUGCAGCAAGACGUGUUAGACGUGGUGCUCCCGAUCUGGGGCCAUCCGUUGUUUGCCAAGAGCCCCGCCCCCUUCAUUGAGAGCAUCUUCACGAUUAUGACCCAGAUAUAUAGCGGGGUCGGCGACAAGAAGGGGCAGAAGAUCAGCGCAGGGGGCGUGCCUGCGAUCCCUGCGCCGCGGCCGGCGGCGUUGCCACUCGACGAAGACGCGAUCAACAUGAUCGUCGAGAUGGGCUUCUCGCGCCAGCGCGCGGAGGACGCACUACGGCAUGUGCGGACGAACGACGUGGAGGUCGCCUUGGAGUGGCUCUUCAGCCACCCGGAAGAACCCCCUGCGGCGUCGACGGCGACAGCGGCGGGAGGCAGCGACGAAGACGAGCUGGCUCGCGCGCUGGCGCUGUCGAUGGGGGGGAUCGAUACGGACGUCACGGACGCGGGGGUGCCGGAGAAGCCGGAAGAAGAGCCCCCAUUGGAGGUGCCCGCGGUCAAGGAUACGCUGUCAAUGGCUGUGCACUUGUUGGUGCAAGCGGGGGAAGUCGCGUUCUCGAUGACUGACCUGUUGGUCUGCCUGUGCAACCGGAAGGAGGGCCAAGACCGGAAGGAGGUUGUUGCGUACUUGGUGGAGCAACUGAAGGUGGCGAAGGAGAGCGGGGACGAGGGGAGCCUGUCGACGGUCGCCCACGUGUUGGCCCUCGUGAUGCACGAGGAGAGCAACACGCGCGUGCACGCGGCGCAGGCGGGGCUGGUCGACAUCGUGCUGGAGCUUCUGGCCGGGUUUGUGGAGCGGGUUAAGGACGCGGAUGUAUUCACCACGGCGGCGGCAGGGGAGGCGCCCAAGCAGGCGGUGCACCCCCCCUGGGUGGACGCGCUUUUUCUGGUGCUGGACGGGUUCUCGACCAACAAGAUGCAGCUGGGGGAGGAGCUAGACGUGGGGUUGAAUGCAGUCCGAGGAGUUCCCCCAGCUCAGAACGCCAACCCAACCCAAGCCGCUAAUCAAACCCCGAACCCGGCCACGGGGGCAGCCGAAACGGCUCAGGAGAAGAAGGAAGAGAAGACGAAGGAGAGCACCAUGCUGAGCGCACUGUGCAAUGCGGGCGGGCUGCUCUCGGGCAAGCAGCAGGCGCAGGCGAUGACGAUCUGCUGCGCUCUGCUGCAGAAGCAGCUGCCGCUGGAUGCGGCGCAAGCGGUGCUCCAGCUGACGUCCCACCUGAGCAAGAGCCACAAGCUGGCGGUGCAGUUCCUCGACUCUGGCGCGCUCUCGGCCGUCCUCGCCCGCCCCGAGGUCUACAUGAACCCGCGCUUCGAGCCGCUGGUCGCGUCCAUCAUCCGGCACGUUCUCGAGGACCCGCACACGCUGCAGCAGGCGAUGGAAGCGGAGAUCAAGCAGGCGCUCGUGACGACGCUCGCGCGCCAGAUGGGAACGCUCAGCCCGCGCAUGUUCCUGACGACAAUGGCGCCCGUGAUCUGCCGCGAGCCCAGCGUGUUUAUGGUGGCGGCGGCCGCGGUGUGCCAGGUGGAGAAGGUGAAUGGGCGGCAGACGAUCGUGCUGAAGGAGACCAAGGAGAAGACGGACAAGGGUGAGCCCAAAGCGAAGGACGAGAAGAAGGACGCCUCCAGCACCAAGCCCGAGGAGCCCGGGGCUUCUGACGCCGCCCCCAAAGCCACUCCUUCAAAGGCCCCUCGGGGCUCCCACCCGGGCAAGAAAAUCUCCCACAGCUUCACCGCAGUCAUUAACCAGCUGCUGGAGGUCGUUCAGCGUUACAGCCCCCCUCAGAGCCUGGAGAAGAGCGCUCCUAAGAAGACCGCCGGGGCUGACGAGGCAAGCCCGAUGGACGUCGACGUCGACGACAAGGGCAAGGCGAAAGUCGAAGAAACUGCCGCGGGGAAAGAGAAGGACGAAGAGGUGGGCUUGAGCGCGGCACAGAGGGCGGAGGCGGCGCGGGUGCUUUUUGUGCUGCGCCUCCUGACCGAGUUCUGCCUGCUCUACUCGUCGUGCCUUUCGGUGGUGCUGCGCCGCGACUGGGAGAGCGCCCAGGGGAAGGGAACCGGGGGCCUGCUGCACCACAUCCUGCAUCAGCUCGUGACCUACCGUGCGCUUGGGGCGGAGGCCCGGGCAGCCCUCGACAGCUGGGACCUGCUGAAAGCCAUCCCGCCAACCGCGUCUAGUUUCCUGAACGCGAUCUGCCUGCGGUCCAGCGAGGGGCGGAAACGGCUGGUCACUGACAUGGCCAAGGCGCUCCUUUCUAUUCCCGACAGAGGGGCGGCGCCGGCAACCGGGGAAGCGGUUCCCGAGGAAGGGAAAGUGGACACCCUGAUCGGGUUAGCGCUUAACCUGCUGUCAGCAGGCCCAACCGCGAGCGCCGCUGGGCCGUCCUUCUCGGCGGAGACUCUGAAGACGACGGUUGAGGCCGGGAUGGUCCAGUCGCUAACCCAUGUGCUAACCAACGUGGAUCUGGACCACCCCCGCGCCCCAACGCUGGUGAGCAAGAUCCUGAAAGCCCUGGAGGCGCUGACACGUGUUAGUCCGAGCAUCGCUGCGCAUGCACCGGCUUCUCGCCUGGGGCACGUGCGCGGGGACACGAGCGCUCGGACGGAGGUCGUCGGAAGCCAAGGCGAGGCACCCCCAGCGACUGCGGGCGGUGAAACUGGGGCAGGUGAAGGGAGACCAGCCCAGGGGGCAGAGGUGGGAGGCGCUCCGACUGGGAGCCAGCCUGCGGCGGAGGAAGAGCGACCCCCCCACGACGAAGAACAGGACCGGAUGGACCAUGACCGGCUGAAUCGGCACCUGCAGCGCAUGGCUGUCAACCGCAUGGCAGAGCGCGACCGCUUCCGAGAGAUUACCGAGGACAUCAACCGCAUGGUCGAGGACAUUCGCGACGCCGAGGAAGACGAGGCCUCCGAUGACGACGAAGAACACCCGGGACCCAUGCGCAUGAUGGCCGGUUUCGGGGGCCCGGUGCCAUUCGGACACGAGGACGAGGGGCCGUCCGACGACGAGGAACCGUCCGAACCGGAUGAGGACGAUGAUGAUGAGGGGGAUGAUGACGACAAUGAUGACGACAAUGACGGGGAGCCGGAUGAUGGCGAGGAGGACGAUCAGGACGGGGACGAGCACUUGGAGGGGGAUCCUGGGCCGCUUACGGACGAAGAAGGGGACGAAGAGGAAGAAGAGGAAGAAGACGAGGACGAGGACGACGGCGUUCGCUACGCGCUCGCGCACCCGCCGCCCGCGGUGCACGACGCCGACGAGGACGAAGAAAUGGAUAUGAUGGACGAAGAUGAAGAAGAAGACGAAGAUCACGACGAGUGGCACGACGACCACAUCACGGAAGUGCACUGGGGAGGCGGCCCUCGCCACACGGGCGGGCAGCAAGUGGUCGCCCACGGCCACCAGAUGCAUCUGCUGGACAUGGCGCGGGGGGGCGGCGCGAUGGCGUCCGUUGGGAACCUGUUUGCGGGGCUGAGGCGGCAGGUGGAGGGACGGGGCAACCGGGCAAUCACUUACAGGCCUUAUCCCGAGCGCUCUGCCCGCGCUGAAGCCCGUAUCGGCCCGCAGCAGCACCCCCUCCUCUCCCGCGGCCCCACUGCCGCCAACCCCACGCCGCCCAUGGCCACGUCCACCUGGCGCAACGUGGCAAGCCACCACGUCAUCGUGGGACCGUCCGGCGCCGGAGACCCGGAGUAUGCGCGCCUCUUGGCCGUCGAUGCGGCUCUGAUGGCGAACUCGGGGGUCGACGGCUGGCCGGCCGGAGGUGGCGCGGGCGGCUUUGUGGACUUCGGAGAGGGUAUGGCGUCGGGAGGUGCGCGCCGAGGGGUGCGCACGGAUCGGAUGGCCAGCUGGGCGGAGGACAGCCAGAUGCAGGGUGGCGGCCUCAACGCCACCAUUGCUGAGCUGGUCGAAGGCGACUUCGUCAGCCAGCUGACCGUUCCCGAGCCUCCGCCACCGGAACCCGAGCGGCCCGCCCCGGCCGUGCCUACAUCCCAACCAGAAGAGCCCAAGCCCGACGAACCGCAGGCCAUGGAAGAGUCUGGACAAGAAGGCGCUCCUGCAGGGGGCUCCGCAGACAGGGCGAACGAACCCCCUGCGGCGGAGGCGACGUCGGAAAUGGCUGUGGAGCAGGAGCCGGCCGCUAGGGCAGCCCCCGUUGCGCCCCCCGAUGAGGGGAUGGGCGCCCUGGACGAUCAACCGGGCGCGUCGACGGGAGAACCGGCAGAGCAGGGGGAUCCCCCCGCUGAGGAGCACGGGGACGUCCAGAUGGGCGAAGGGGGACAGGGACGAGAUGCGCCGGACGCCAGCGAUGGGGGGAGUAACAUGGGCGAGAGCCUGAGGAGCUUGGACGUUGAGAUCGGGAGCCGAGAUGGUAACGAGGAUGUUCACGCAGGGGAAAGAGAGCACGGAGCACCAGCCGGCCACACCGAGCCUCCAGCCGAUCCUUCCCAGCAAGCGGAAGAGACCGCGCGUCCAGAAGGCGUCGGCCCCACAGUUGCGGCUCCCGUGGAGGCGGCCCCUGAGACCGCGACCGGCAUGAGCGGAAUCGACCCCACCUUCCUGGACGCCCUGCCUCCGGAGCUGAGGGCGGAGGUGCUCGAGAACGAGCAGGCUGCGGCGAGAAGGCAAGCCCGCCAGGCGACCCUCGCCGCGCUCGCCCAACCCCCGGCCGCGCCCGCGGCACCCGCAGACCCGACCAACCCACCAACAAACGAAGCCCAAAACCCGGACCCCGCCCCAUCGGCCGCUCAAGUACCCGAAGCCGCUCCCGGUCCGAGCAGCAACAACCCGAUCGAGGCGCUGCUGACGAAUGACGUGGACCCGGAGUUUCUGGCGGCGCUCCCGCCCGAUAUGCAAGCGGAGGUCCUUGCGCAGCAGCGGGUCGCACAGGCGGCGGCGCGGCAUGCGGCGAGCGCGACGAGCGCCGACAUGGACAGCGCGUCGAUCAUCGCGACGUUCCCGCCGGACCUGCGGGAGGAGGUCCUGCUGACAGCCUCCGAGCAAGUGUUGGCGGCCCUCCCGCCGGCCCUGCUCGCCGAAGCGCAGCUCCUGAGAGAGCGCCACCUGGCGCACUACCGUCACGCCGACCCCGGGCGGGCAGCCCAGCGAACGCGCCUCCACCAGAUCAACCACGCGCUCCAGGCGCGGGUGCGCGGAAACGGCCACGUCAGCACGCAUCCGCACCACGUGCCUGAGCCGCAUAGGAAGGAAGUGGAGGGUCGGCCGCUGCUCGAGACGAAGGAGUUGGGGUCAAUCUUGAGGCUCUUAUGGCUCGCCCAGCCAUUGGGCAAGGGCCUUCUCCCCCGUCUCCUCCUCAACCUGUCCCUUCACAGCAAGACGCGCACUGCCAUGCUGCGCCAGCUGCUGACCAUUAUGCGGCCCAAGGACGAGAAGGCGUCUGCAGACAUUGAGGCAAUGCCGGACCGGCUCUUUGGCGCGCAGUCCAACGUCGUCUAUGCGCGCUCUGAUGCCACCACAGACGGUUUCCCUCCGCUUCUCUCCCGCCGUGUCCUAGACACCCUGACCUACCUGGCUCGCCACAGCGGCACCAUCGCCCACCAGCUGUUGCAACUGGAGGUCGACGCUCCUGAGGCGCCCACCGACCGUAAGGGCAAGGCGAAAGUCGUGGAGUCGGAAGAGGUCGCAAAGACGGUGACGGAAAUUCCUCUCGUGCUGCUGCUGAGGCUGCUGAGCCAGCCGCUGUAUGUCCGGAGCAACUCGCACCUGGAGCAGCUGCUCGCGCUGACCGAGGUCGUCAUGCGCCACGCCGAGGCUGACAUGGCGGAGCACCGCGCGCGCGUGCGCGCCCACGAGAAAGAGCUCGAGCGCCAGAAAGCCAAGGCCGAAGCCGAGCAGAAAGAGAAGGAAAAGAAGGCAGCCGAGGAUGCGGCGGCCCGCGCCGCCGCACCAGCCCCAACGGAAGGUGACGUCAGCACCGAAGCGGCGCCCGCUGACGGGCCCCCGGCCGCUGCCCAGGAGACGUCAGCACAGCCGGAGAGGAUGGAUGGACUUCCGGAACUUUGGGACGUGGAUAGGCAGGAGAAGGACGAGGGGGAGAAACUAGAGGCAGCGCCGAUCGGGCCGUGCGAGGCAGAGACGGUGCUCAAGGAGCUGCCGGCCAAGGAGCUGAGCUAUCUGUGCCGACUGCUGGCGCACCAGGGCUUCCCGGAGGCUACGUAUCCGAAGGUGUCCACCAUCCUAAAACUCCUCGCCAACCCCGUUCCUGCGCACCGCACGCUCUUCCUGGGAGAGCUCAAGACCGAUGCGCACACUUUGGUGCGCCCCGCCGUCGCCGAACUCGAAACCCUCAGCCACUCGGCAGCGGUCUCGGCCGCAAUGGACGCUUCAGCGGGGGCGGCCCUCCUGCGCGUGCUCCUCAUGAUCGGCUAUCUCAUGGCGGGGAAGCGGGUUAAGGACGGGGUUACGAAAACCGAGUCCGCGGGCGCCGAGGGCGUCGCGGUGAUCGACGAACUAGCGCCGGCGCUCGAGCCCGUCUGGCAGGCGCUCAGCGGUUGUGUGUCGCAGCUCGAGACGCAGCUCGUGCAGACGACCGCGCUCGGGGGGCUGAACGUCGCCGCGGGGGGGGUGGCCGCGGCAGUGCAGAGCCUGCCCCCCUCCGUGGGGAAGGUCCUCCCGCACAUCGAGGCGUUCCUCAUGUGGUGCGAGAAGCUGCAGGAGGCCGGGGAGCUCAAGAAGGCGUCCGAAAAGGCGAAAAAGGCGUCCGAAGCGGCGGAGAAAGCGUCCGAAUCGUCCGAGAAGGCGUCCGAGAAGGCGUCCGGAAGCGGGGCGUCCGGUUCGCAGGACACGACAAUGCGGGAGGUGUCCGAGUCGCGUCCGAAUUCUCCCGGAAGCCGGCAAGAGGGGGGGGAGUCGCCGGCGCAUUCAACCGGGACGUCGACACCACGGCUGUGGUCGCAGCAGAGCACGCCCCGGGACGUGGCCCGCCCGUCGACGUUCCAGGCGUUUGCGGAGAAGCACCGGAAGCUGCUCAACGCCUUCAUUCGCCAGAACCCGAACCUGCUGGAGGGCACUUUCAACCUGAUCCUCAAGACGCCGCGCCUUAUCGACUUCGACAACAAGCGCAACUUCUUCCGGUCGAAGAUCCGGCAGCAGCACGAGCAAACGCACCACCACCACUCGCUGCGGGUCCCGGUUCGACGGGCGUACGUGCUGGAGGACUCGUACAAUCAGCUGCGCAUGCGGCGCCCCGAGGAGCUGCGCGGCCGGCUCGUGGUACAUUUCCAGGGCGAGGAGGGCAUCGACGCAGGCGGGCUGACGCGCGAGUGGUACCAGCUGCUGAGCCGCGUCAUCUUCGACAAGGGCACGCUGCUCUUCACCAGCGCCGCCGGCAACGAUUCCACGUACCAGCCGAACCCUAACUCCGGCUACCAGACGGAGCAUCUGUCCUACUUCAAGUUCGUCGGCCGUGUGGUAGGCAAGGCGCUGUAUGACGGGCAGCUGCUGGACGUGUACUUCACGCGCUCCUUCUACAAGCACAUCCUGGGCAACAAGAUCACGUACCACGACAUCGAGGCCAUCGACCCCGAGUACUACAAAAACCUAAAGUGGAUGCUCGACAACGACAUCACGGGCGUGCUGGACCUGACCUUCGCCGUCGAAGCCGACGAAGAGCAGCACAUAUUGUACGAGAAGCAGCAGCUCCACGACCACGAGCUCAAGCCGGGCGGCCGCGACAUUCCGGUGACCGAGGCCAACAAGCGCGAGUACGUCAACCUAGUUGCCGAGCACCGCAUGACGACCGCGAUCCGCCCGCAAAUUUCGGCGUUCCUGGAUGGUUUCCACGAGCUCAUUCCCAAGGACCUGAUCGCGGUGUUCAACGACAAGGAGCUGGAGCUGCUCAUCAGCGGCCUGCCCGAGAUCGACAUUGAGGACCUGAAGCAGAACACGGAGUACACGGGCUUCACGGGCGCAUCUCCCGUGGUGCAGUGGUUCUGGGACGUCGUCCGCAACUUCAGCAAGGAGGACCAGGCGCGCCUCCUGCAGUUCACCACCGGUACCUCCAAGGUGCCGCUGGAGGGCUUCAAGGCUCUGCAAGGCAUCUCCGGCCCGCAGCGCUUCCAGAUCCACAAGGCGUACGGCGCCCCGGACCGCCUGCCGUCGGCCCACACGUGCUUCAACCAGCUGGACCUGCCAGAAUACCAGAUGCGCGAGCAGCUGCAGGAACGACUCUUGCUGGCAAUCCACGAGGGAAGUGAGGGCUUCGGGUUUGGCUAGUCGAAAGUCGCAAUGCUUGGAACGUGUUAAGCUGUACAGUUUUGCAGCAAGUGUUAAGUCUGAUACUGUCGUCAUGUGCUACUGUCCUCCUUUAACAGUGGGACUGUGGGCAUCAACAAUUCAACAAUUUGUAGACCUUC